CGCACACACACCUACCCCACCUCACGCCCCUAUAUAUAUACUCACCCUCUUCAUCACGAUUUCUCCAUUCCCCCAUGCCAUGCAAAAGCAAAAAGUUUUAUCAUGGCUGAUGAUUUGAAGUUCGAGUUUAAAUUGGAACACUAUAAGUGGUUCACUUGUACCCGCCGCGGCGGAGACGGAGACGGAGAAGAAGAAGAAGAAGGAGUGUUUAAAUUGAGGAGGGAGAAAAAAAAAGUGAAAAUAGAAAAAGAAUAUCCGCCGCCAAUCCCAGGGUUAGCGAAGACGGAGAAUGUUCCGUCUUCGCAAAUGCCGUGGGUGAUGAAGAGGUACUAUACAUCUGAUGGUAGAUUGAUUAUCAAAGAAGAGAAAAUCGAACGAUUUGAGUAUUUCGAAGCUCACCGUACCAACGGACGAUUAAUGCUGAAUCUCGUUCCGUUAAACGAACAUGAUUUGGAUUGUUCCGAUGACGAUGAUGACGGUGAUGAUGAUGAUGAUGAUGGCGGCGGCGAUGUAGUUGAAGUGGUUGAUCGGACAGUGGCGGCGGCGGAGAAGGAGGAGGAGAAUGAAUCGGCAUUGGUGAAUGGCGGUGGUAGUGGUGGUGGUGCAACGGUGAUAGGCGGCGGAGGAAGUGGAGGAGUAAAGUGUUCGAGUUUGUGUACGUUUGGUGUUGCCGUGCCGGCGAUAAGAUGUUGACGAUACUUUUAUGAGAAAUUGAUGGGUGUUUUGAUAUUUUGAGGGUUUUUUGGAAAAGGCUUUAGAUUUUUCAUAUUUCAUUUAGUUUAAGAGGAAAAUUUUUUGUUGGAUUUUGUUGUUUUUUAGUAGUAAUUCAUUUUCAAAUGCCAAUUUUUGUGGUUUAGUGAUCCCUUUUUGCUGCAUGUCUAAUGUUUUUCUUGGCUAAAUUAUAUUAUUAGGCGUGUUUGGCGUCCCAGAGAUUUUUA